AUGUCUGGGAUCAAAAAAGACGAGUCUCUAUGGAGCACGACAUUGAAGCGAGUCGACAAAGCACUUGUCAUUGUUCAAAGCAACCAACGACGCUCCUUUGACGGGUAUUUUGCUGGUGCUGUGCAAGGAACAGGAUUCAUAAUUGCCAUUGAAGCAGGCUCCGUCUUCGUCCUCACGGCGAAACACGUUGUUCACGGACCGAGCGAAGGCAUUUGUGUUUUCCAUGAUCACCAAAAGUUUGUCUACAAGGUUAAGGAUACCGAUCCGAUCCACGACUGGGCAAUUUUGGACAUCCAUGUUCCUCUGCACCUGACAGCUAACUACAAAGUCUUGCCGCUGAAACCAGAUGCGGCUACGGUUGGGUUAGACUGCAAAAUCAUGGGUAACAACGCUGGAGAGGAACGCGCCAUCCUGUCAGCCACAAUAAGCCAAGUGGAUCGAGAUGCGCCCUACCACUCCAACAGCUACCAUGACUUCAAUGUCGCUUACAUCCAGGCCGACGCUGGUGGAACAGGAGGCAGCUCUGGUAGCCCCUUGAUCGACGUUAAUGGGAACGUCGUUGCUAUGGUGACCGAAAAUGAUGGUGAAGAUAUUGCCAUGACCAACUUCUUCAUCACUUUGGACAUUCUAGUUCGGGCGCUCGAGGACGUGAGAAACGGCAGGCGUAUACCACGUGGCACCAUCCAGACAAAAUGGUUAUCGAAACUCCUCGCCGAGUGUCGGUCAUUGGGGCUGAGCGCCGAAAUGGAAAUGGAGCUGCUGUCUCAGGCUCCAGACACAAAGAAACUGCUUUUUGCAGACAAAAUUCUUCCCCUCGGCCCAGCGCACGACAGAAUACAACAUGGGGACCUUCUGCUGUGCGCUGGCGGUCAGACUGUAACAUCACAACUGGGAAUGGAGUCAAUUCUAGAUUCAAAUGAAGGGAAGGAGCUCACGUUGGGGCUCCUACGAAAAGGCACGUUCGUCGAAGUGACGGUGUCUGUCCAAGACCUUUACGCCGUCACGCCGAGCCGCUUUCUCGAUUUCUCAGGUGCAACAUUCCAUGACAUCUCACUCCAAAAGGCGAUGGAGCAUAACAUUCCUUGUCGUGGAGUCUAUGUUGCGGAUGCAGAUGAACCUUUUAAGCUGACGACCAAGGGAUUCUUCAGAAACUGGCUCAUUGAAAAAGUUGGAGAUAUCGAAAUUUCAAACCUCGACGAAUUCAUCGCCGCGGUCAAAUGCCUUCCACAUAACUCGAAAACGACCAUCUACUGUUAUAAUCUGUGGUCCAGACACGAGAAAUGCACAGUGACGGUUACGCUCCACCGACGUACGCUACCAAUGGACCUUUGGUGCUGGAAUACUUCUACGAAGACUUGGGAUUGUACCAAAUUCGCGCCGUGCGGCCCCAGCAUUUCGCCACCUCUAUCUGGCAUGUGUGGAAAUGAUAAAAUAUACCCGAAGGUUGCAGCGACAGCUCUGGCGUCUUCGGUUCACGUCUACAGCUUCGCUCCGGCGAAGCUGGACAGCUUGGACAACAAGGUGAAUGAGGGAUACGGGGUUGUGGUUGAGGACAAGGGAGUCGUGCUGGUGUCCAAAGCUGUUGUGCCGAGCGACUCAUGCGAGGUUCUACUGACAUUUAGUGAAAGAAACACCUUGCCGGCUGAGGGCAUCUUUUGUCAUCCUCUAAAUGGCUUUGCAUUAGUCAAAUAUGAUCCUGACAAAUUGCCGAAGACAGUCGCCGCAGUGAAACAGGGUUCUCAGAUACCAAUUAUAGGCAGCAGUGUCAUCUUCCUCACCUUUUGUGAAGAUCGGCGCCCCAUUGUCACAAAUACAACCGUCACCGACUAUGCCUUUGUGAAAAUUCCGGCAGAUGACCUGAGACCGCGAUAUAGGACAAUCAACACUGAGGUCCUGCAGAUUGAGAGCCCGCUCGGUUCACAGCAUUCUUCCGGCAUCUUGCUUGAUAAUGAUGGCACAUUGGUGGCUUUGUGGCAAAGCUGCCCAAGUUACAAACGGCGCAACUGUUACGGCCUUCCGGUAGCACCUCUCGAAGCCUACGUUCACGCUUUUGUGCAAGGUGACCACCUUAAGUGGAGGUUUAUCGAUACCGAGUUUUCCGCGCUCAGGAUGGAAGGCUGUAGGGACAGGGGAGUUACUCCUUCAUGGAUAGAUGAAGUUUUCCAGGUCCGGCCGACCAGAAACCAGCUUCUGGUGGUAAAGAAUGGACGACUGCCGUUUGAAAAUGGCGAUAUUGUCUUAAGCAUUGAUGGGAAGCCAGCCACCGAUACCUCUAAAAUUCUGGUCUUGGAGAAAGAGCAGGUCGACGCCAUGGUAGUACGAAACCGAAAAGAGAUCUCUCUCACCAUACACACACAACCUCUAUCGAUCUUGUCUACGUCCCACGCCGUCAGAUUUUGUGGGUUGCUGUUACAAAAGCCACAUUUCGCCGUGAGCCAGCGGCGCCUCGAAAAUCCUUCCGAGAUCUAUGUCGCCGAUAUCGAGCAAGGUUCACCGGGGGCCGAAGUUAAGAACCAUUCAUUCAUUACGCAUCUCAAUGGGAACCAAUGUCGCACGCUGGAUCAAUUCUUAACUGUGGCUGAAGGAAUUCAACGUGAUACAUCCUUUACAUUGACCCAGAUAACACCCGACGAUCAAACACAGAAUGUCGAAAUAUGGAGGCAAGAUCGAUUUUUUCCGUUGACUGAAUACGUCAAAACCCCGGAGAAAGGUGCCUGGGAAGUGUCCGAAACAAGGUUCACGGAGGGGUUGUAG